UCAUUUAAAAGAAAAAAAAUUGAAAAAGGUGAUUUUAUUAUACGGAUAAUUAAGUAAUUUACAUAUGCACGUCUGUUGGCAGUUGACCGCACGAGAUUAUUAACACAGUUUUGUAAAAUAUCUCAAAUAAAGAAUCUCAGACGCAGACGUGACUGCUGAAUUUUGGGAUCAAAAUAUUUUUAUCUUUUGUAAAAUUUCAUUGCAUACGAAACCAAAUGCAGUUCAUUUCAUUGCUGAGCUUAGCAUUUCUGCUAAAAGUGUCUGCUCUAUCCGAAGGCGAUACUUGCCAAAUAAAGCAGACAACAGGUGUGUGCAAGUUGUCAUCAAAAUGUCCUGAAUUAGGAGCUUUAAUAAAAUCAAAAGUGUUAUCCUCAGCAGAUGUAAUUAGAUGUGAGUUUAGCGCAUAUGAAGAGAUAAUAUGUUGUCCUUCUGGUAUGAGGACCGUAAAUCCUAUAAACCCUACACCUGAUGAUAAGUUCAUAUUGAAUCCUACAACUGUUGCUAGUAAUAAAGACUUUUGGUCAGAUCUAUUGACAACAACCACAAGAGCUACAACAACUACAACAAGAACUACCACAACAGCUAAGCCAGAUUUUUGGUUAGAUCUUCUAAACACAACUACAACUACAACGACAACAACGACACCAGAACCUUUAAGACUUGGAGAUAAAGAAUUGGAUCCGAAUUCAGAAUUUUUCGAUUUAUCAAAGCUUUUAGCAGAUAAGAAUCGUCAAAUGCAGAACAAUGACAAUAGAAAUCUAAAUGUAAACAAUGCUCCAAAUGUAGAAAUUAUUACUCCCUUCCCUCAAAAUAAUAAUCCAAGAGGUAGAAAUCAGAGAUUGGAAUCAAUUGGAAACACGAGAAUACAACCAGGAUGGAAUAAUAAUGCGCGAAAUGCUCAUGUGAUACGACCAGGCUCACCACAGUCAGUUAACAAUCAAUUAAAUAAUUUUAAUAAUCCUAACGUUGAUUGGGUAGAUCAAAAUCGAAAUCGUAACACCUUUGGUUUAAACAGAAAUGUACCUCCACGGGGGCGUGGAAAUAAUAGGAUUAGUGCAAACCAAUUAAAUUUUAUUAAUAAUCAGAGAAAUGAACAUAUAAGGCCAAUGCAAAAUGAAAACUUUUUAAAUGGGUUUAAUAAUUUUAAUAAACAACAAAUAGAAAACAAUAAUCGUAGAGGCCCUUGGAUUCAGGAAGAAAAUAAUUAUGACCUUGACACUGCUAGCAGUAACAAUUGGGUAUCACGACCAAUACAAGGUUCAGCACAAAAUAACCAGUUCUUUUCAAAUAAUAAUCCAUCACCUAGUGACAUGAACUUUUCAAAUUUAGUUGAUGCUGUCAAUGAAAAUUUAAUUAAUUCCGGUAUAGAAAUUGUAAAAGCUGAAUUAGAUGACGUUGAUCGUGAAUUUGAACAACAGAAUAAUUUUGGAUUUCCUUCAAGCAUUAAUGCUCCAAGAUUACAAACAACCACAGUUAGAAGCGCACCUCAAUUAGAUCCAUUUGCACCUUUUCAAUUUCGACCGGAUCCAACAGAUUUUAAUAAUAAUCAAAAUGAUGACUUUUGGGAAAAUGUUAAUAAAAAUAUUUUUAAUAAUCCUACUAAUACUAAUAUUGCUUGGCCAAUGGAAAACAGUUCCAAUACAACACCGCCAACUACAAAGAAGCCAACAACUGCUUCACCUGUAACGGAUCGUGCUGGAGCAGAACGACCUGCUGUUAAAGCUUGCCGUAUGAUAGAGGCGAAUUUGACAGUUGAGUUAACUCCGCAUAUUCUUGACGGAAUCCCAGUAUUACUGGGAGAAUAUCCACAUAUGGCAGCUAUAGGGUUCAGUGUUAUUGGAAAUGAAGGCGAAUAUGAUUUUCGUUGUGGUGGAACUUUGAUUGAUCCUAGAUUUGUUUUGACAGCAGCACAUUGUGUAAACAGUCGUGAAAGUCAGCCUGUCGUUGUGCGUUUUGGUGUUGUCGAUUUUAAAAAUGAAACACAAAUGAAACAGCGCGUAGAAAUACCUAUUUUAAAAGUCCAUAUACAUGAGAAUUAUAGUUCAAGUAAAACAUAUAACGAUAUAGCAUUAUUAGAACUGGAGAGAAAUGUGAUAUACACACCCAAUAUCUUUCCAACAUGCUUAUACACUAAUGUGGAUGAUCCGCCAGAAAAUUCUGUGCUUUAUGUAACUGGUUGGGGUGUUGUUAAUGUUGGAACUCGUAAAAGGUCCGACAUAUUGCUGAAAGCUCAAUUAAAAGUAACUCCUUUAAGUAUUUGCAAUAAUAGUUAUGCUGAACAAGGUUUUGCACGGCAAAUAUCUGAGGGAAUUAUAAACUCUCAAAUGUGUGCUCAUGAUGUUGCUGAACUGAAAGAUGCAUGUCAGGGUGAUUCUGGUGGACCAUUAAAUUUAGUUGUAGACGAAACAACUAAAAAUUACCGUAUAAUUGGCAUUGUAUCAGCGGGUUUUAGUUGUGGAACUGAAACGCCAGGAUUUUAUACACGUGUCGCUGCUUUCUUAGAUUAUAUAGAAAGCAUAGUGUGGCCCUCAUCUAAAUAAAUUAUUAACGUUGUUAAGACUACAUACGUUUUAUUGUGUGAUAUUAUAACUUUUUAUUAAAGAACUGUUAUUUUUAAGUAAAAUAUUUUAAUAAAUAGA